AAUAUUGAGUUUCUUUUAGUGGAACUAUUUGUCAAAAUGUGAACACCUGGAUAUGAAAAGGCAUCUUAGGUAGAUGAUAUGAUGCGAUAGAACGUAAAAGAAAAAUGAGAAAUGUUGAUGAGAGGUUAAAAAUACCCUUCAUAACAAGCACACAUCUAUAAGUAGUCUUAUUCACCCAACAACGUUGCUUAUUCACGCAACUAAAUAAGAAAUGAAGAGUACUAUCUUCUUUGCUCUCUUUCUAGUUUGUGCCUUCACCAUCUCAUACCUGCCUUCAGCCACCGCUCAGUUCGUGCUCGACACUGAUGAUGAUCCUCUUCAAAACGGUGGCACAUACUAUAUGUUGCCAGUUAUGAGAGGAAAGGGCGGUGGAAUAGAAGUAGAUUCAACUGGAAAAGAAAUAUGCCCUCUCACUGUUGUGCAAUCACCCAAUGAGCUCGAUAAGGGGAUUGGACUAGUCUUUACAUCUCCAUUACAUGCCCUUUUUAUCGCCGAAGGCUAUCCUUUGAGCAUUAAGUUUGGUUCAUUUGCAGUUAUAACGCUGUGUGCCGGCAUGCCUACUGAGUGGGCUAUUGUGGAGAGAGAGGGUCUACAAGCUGUUAAACUUGCUGCACGCGAUACAGUAGAUGGUUGGUUUAAUAUUGAGAGAGUUUCCCGUGAAUACAAUGACUAUAAGCUUGUGUUCUGUCCACAGCAAGCUGAAGAUAACAAAUGCGAGGAUAUUGGGAUUCAGAUCGACGAUGAUGGAAUCAGGCGUUUAGUGCUGUCUAAGAACAAACCAUUAGUGGUUCAGUUUCAGAAAUUUAGAUCAUCAACUGCAUGAAGCGUGAAAAAUCACGUGCUUUCUUGUUAAGAGAGACAAGUGUACGUAAGACUAAAUAAAUGCUUUGGCUAAUAAUAAAUUGGUUACAGACUAAAUAAAAUAAUCAAAGCUUAUGCCUUCCCCCAAAGGCUGAAUGCAAAAAAUUGGCUCUUCCUCAGUA